AGGAAGGAUGUGAGGCCUGGUUGUUUGGCGCAGUCUCCAGCAGGGUGUGGCUGCCGGUUUUGCUGCUGGGCUGAAGGCCUCCCCACUUUGAAGGGGCUGGCCUAAAGCCGUCGCAAGCCAAACAGCCUCUCUUCCUCGUUCUCCCUGCAGCUGCGAGCAGAGGCCAGAAAAAAAGCUGAAGGAGGAAACGGCAAGGAGGGUAAAAUCUCGAUUCUCCCAGACGACAUGGCCAGCCUUACCCAGGAGCUGGGCACUGCUUUCUUCCAGAAGCACCAGCUGCCGGCGUCCAUGGCGGACACCUUCCUGGAACACCUCUGCCUGCUGGACAUCGACUCGGAGCCCAUUGCCGCCCGCAGCACAGGAAUCGUCUGCACCAUUGGCCCUGCUUCCCGCUCAGUGGAAAUGCUCCGUGAGAUGAUCAAGGCUGGAAUGAACAUUGCACGGCUGAACUUUUCGCACGGCUCACACGAGUACCAUGCAGGAUCCAUUGUGAAUAUCCGGAAAGCAACGGAGAGUUUUGCCUCCAACCCGCUCUUCUACCGACCGGUGGCCAUUGCCCUGGAUACCAAAGGCCCAGAGAUCCGCACCGGUGUGGUCAAAGGGGGUGUGGACCAAGAAGUGGAACUGGUGAAAGGAUCGCGGGUGGUGGUUACCACAGACCCAGCCUUCCGGGAGUGCUGCGACCAGAACACCGUAUGGCUGGAUUAUGUCAACUUGCCCAAAGUCAUCAAAGUCGGAGGACGGAUCUUCAUUGACGAUGGCCUCAUCUCCUUGCUGGUCAAGGAAAUCCGCCCCAACGGCUGCAUCACAGAGGUGGAGAAUGGUGGGGUGCUGUGCAGCCACAAGGGGGUGAAUCUGCCGGGGACCGAGGUGGACCUGCCGGCGGUCUCCCAGCGGGACAUCCAGGACCUGCAGUUCGGCUUGCAGCAGGGCGUCGACAUCGUUUUCGCCUCCUUCAUCCGCAAGGCCAGCGACGUGGCUGCCAUCCGGAAGGUUCUGGGAGAGCAGGGCCGCAACAUCAAGAUCAUCAGCAAGAUCGAAAACCACGAGGGAGUCAAAAAGUUUGACGAGAUCCUGGAAGCCAGCGAUGGCAUCAUGGUGGCACGUGGAGACCUGGGCAUUGAGAUCCCCAGCGAGAAGGUUUUCCUGGCUCAAAAGAUGAUGAUUGGGCGAUGUAACCGUGCAGGGAAGCCUGUGAUCUGUGCCACUCAGAUGUUGGAGAGCAUGAUCAAGAAGCCCCGCCCCACAAGGGCAGAGACCAGCGAUGUGGCCAAUGCAGUUUUGGAUGGAGCUGACUGCAUCAUGCUGUCUGGGGAAACCGCCAAGGGGGCGUAUCCUGUGGAAGCUGUGCGGAUGCAGCAUGCGAUUGCUCGAGAGGCUGAGGCCGCCAUGUAUCACCACCAGCUCUUUCAAGAGCUGCGCCGCCUGACUCCGCUGAGCCAGGACCCCACAGAGGUGACAGCCAUUGGCGCUGUGGAGGCUUCCUUCAAGUGCUGCGCAGCUGCCAUUAUCGUCCUCACGACAUCCGGCAGGUCUGCUCAGCUGCUGUCCCGCUACCGUCCCCGGGCCCUCAUCAUUGCCGUGACCCGCGAUGAGCAGGUGGCCCGCCAGGCCCACCUCAGCCGUGGUAUCUUCCCAGUCCUGUGGCGUGGGGCCACCCAGGAGGUGUGGGCGGACGAUGUUGAUCGCCGAGUGCAGUUUGGCAUCGAGAUCGGCCGGGUGCGAGGUUUCCUGCGGUCCGAGGACUUGGUCAUCGUGGUUACGGGCUGGCGGCCUGGAGCAGGUUAUACCAACAUCAUGAGGGUGCAGCAAGUUCCGUAAGCACAGGGAGAGGCACUCCACCUCCCAAAAAAUCCCCAUCAAGAGAGAUGCUCGUGCCCUACAUUUCACAGCUGAAAAAUGGGGACAUGCCUAUAAAGUCCCUGUGCUUCUGGCAAGGGUUACUUGCAGGUCAUACAAGCUGCUUCUUGCUUUCCUAUAUAUGAGCGAUGUCUGUUCUCUGCCUGCUGUUUCGGCUGACUGUGCACCAACCCUCUGCUCCUCUAAAAGCCAAGUGGGUGCUUCAUCUUCAGUUAAAGAUCUAUUUGGGGAAA